UGGCCGCCCCCACGUGCACCGUGCCACGGGUUUCGGGUCUCUCACUUUAGCCGAGGUGGUUGUGGCUGUUGUCGUUGUUGUUGUGGUUGUUGUUGUGGUUGUAGCCGUGGCUGACUGUGCUUGUUGUGGCCGUGGAUGCGACUGCUUGUUAAGCUGCCGCUCGGCUGUGCGCGUAACGUGUUGUGGUGUGUAGCUGCCCCCCUGUGUGUGUCUGUAGCUGAGAGCGCCUGCAAGUCGGUGCAGCUGCGUGUGUUGUGGCUCGCCUCUUGCUACGCUUGCACCUCCCCACCCCCCCUACUGCUCGCUAUGGGCAAGAGCCGGCAGCCGCGUCGCUUCAGGCGGCCUCACCACCCUCUCUGCGGCCCCGCGGGGCUGAGCACGGAGCCCGAGGCGGAGGAGGAGUGCGAGGAGGAAGCCUGCCCAGUCGAGACUCUGCUGGAGACGCUGCAGUCGGGCUCUGCGGACGCGCGUGAGUGCGCAUGCGCCAGCCUCUCCCGCCUGGCCCUGGGCGCCCGCACGGUGCCCGCCCUGCUCGGCCGUGGCGCCGUGCGCCUCCUGGGGCCGCUGCUGCUCGACCCAGCGGCCUCCGUGCGCGAGACGGCGGCCGGAGCUCUCAGGAACAUGAGCGUGGCGGGCGGGCCGGACGCGUGCGAGGACAUGGUCGCCAGCGACAUCAUGACGCCGCUCGUCGCGUUGCUCAGAGAGUGCGCCGCCUUCCUGGACUCUGCCGGGGACGCGCAGCCCAAGGGGAGGGGUGGCGGCGGCGGCGGCGGUCUGCCCGGAGACGUCGCCGUGGAGGCCGUCCACCUCCUGCUCAACCUGUGCGAGAGCAGCGCUCGUGCCGUCUCCGUGUUCAACAAGGAGGCGCUGCUGCCGCCGCUGCUGCAGUUUGUGAGACGGCACCAGCAGCACCUGCCCCUCGCCAUCGCUGCAGCUCAGUGCCUGCAGACGGUGGCGGAGGACAACGUGGAGCUGGCGGGCAGCCUCACGGCGCCGGCGCUCGCGGCGCUGGAGCCGGCGCUGCUGCUGCCUCCCGCUGGCGCGGACAACGGCAGCGCCGGCGCCCAGCGGAGCCUGCUGCGCACACUCGUAGCCGGCUUCCUGUGGAACGUGAAGAGCGCCAUCCCCGGCGCCAGCCUGGCCCAGGCGCUGAGCGCCGUCGUGAGUGCGCUGAGCGACGCGCUGGCCUUGGACGCGCGGCCCGCGCUCGCCGCCCUGGAGGCCCCGCCGGCCCCGCCGGGCCCCGAAGCGUCCGGCGCCGGCGAGCGUCGGCAUAAAGGCCGGGCGAACGGAGUCGGCGGCGGCGGUGGUGGUGCCGUCCCUCGCAACCCAGCACCGGCGCAAGCGAAGAGACACUCGAAGAGGAAGAAUUGCGGCGAGGUGGUGGACCAGGCCAACGAGGAGAACAAAGGUGGCGAGGGGAAGGCCGGUGGAGGUGGUGGUGGUGGAGGUGGCGGUGGUGAAGAGGAGCAGAAGGAGGAGAACGGCGGUGGUGAGGAGGACGAGGAGGAGGAUGAGGCUGACAUGGAGGCUGAGCCAAGCGUUGCCACGGGGGACGCAAGGCCUCCGAGCAGCGGCGAUGACCUCUCCGACCUCUUGCCGCCGAGCGAGGCGGCGCUGGUGGAGGUCAUGGCGCUGUUGUCGGCACAGCAGACUGCGCUGGAAAUCCUCGUCAACAUGUGCUGCAGCGAUGACGGGCCGGACGACGACGAGGAGGAGGAGUGGGAGGAGGUGGGCAGCAACGACGGCAGCGAGGAAGCGGCGGCGUGCGGGGACGGCGAGGAGGAGGAGGAGGCGCUACUCUCGCCGCUCUGCCUCUCCGCCGAGGUCCACGGCGCGCUGCUGAGGCACGGCAUCGUGGGCCAGGUGAUAGAGAAGAGCGCGUUUCCAGAGGAGAGCGGCGUCGGCGUCUGCCUCAAGAACCCGGAGUGGAAGCCGCUCCUCACCAGGCUGCAGUGCAUCCAGUGUCGGGCCCUCACCUGCCUGCAGAACAUGCUGGGCUCGCUGGACGAGGAGGCGCUGGGGGGGCCGCUUGCACUGCAGGAGCUGGCGCGCCACCUCGCGUCGCUCCUCUUCAGCGCGAGCGAUCUGGCCAAGGCCACGGAGUUUUUGGAGGCGGCCACUGGAGCGGUGAGGGCGCUGCUCCACGUCAUGGCCUCCAAGGACAUCCCCCAGUGCAUGUCGGUGCAGCAGCUGCUGGCGCUGUGCGAGGCGUGCGUGCGGUGCGAGCACGAGGGCGUGCGCCUCAACACGGUCGGCAUCCUCGGGGGUGGGAGAGAGCUGUCCCGGCAGAGAGGCACCGCCACCACGCUGCAGGAGGGCCCGGCCACGGUGCUAACGCCCGUGAAGAAGAAGGUGAAGAACGUGGGCGUCUUCCUUAAGAAUGAGGACGAGGUGGAUGACGACGAUGAUAAGAACGAGGCCAAGGACCUGCUGGGGCGAGGCGUGCGGACUUCAAAUCUUCUGCAGGAGCGCACGCGGAAUGAGAUGACGGCUGAGGAGAAGCGGCGAGCCCACCAGAAGGAGCUGGCAGCGCAGGUCAACGAGGAGGCGAAACGCCGGCUCACGGAACAGAAGGGUGGCACGCACACUCAGAAGGCUCGCAAGUCGAACGUGUCGUACAAGAACGCGUCCCUGGUGCCCAAGGAGCCCGAGAUCCGGGAAAACAAAAUCUACAUCGACAAGAAGUACGAGACGGUCAUCCUGCCGGUGUUCGGCAUCGCGACGCCCUUCCACAUCUCUACCGUCAAGAACAUCAGCACAUCGGUGGAGGGCGACUACACCUACCUGAGGAUCAACUUCUUCUGCCCGGGCAGCGCCCUGGGUCGCAACGAGGGCAGCGUCUUCCUGAACCCCGACGCCACCUUCCUCAAGGAGAUCACGUAUCGGGCGUCAAACCUGAAGAACCCCGGCGAGGUGGUGGUGCCCGCUAUGAACCUGCAGAACGCCUUCCGCAUCAUCAAGGAGGUCCAGAAGCGCUACAAGACUCGCGAGGCCGAGGAGAAGGAGAUGGAGGGCAUAGUGAAGCAAGACACGCUGGUCAUCAACCCCAACCGCAGCAACCCCAAGCUCAAGGACCUCUACAUCCGGCCCAACAUCGCGCAGAAACGCAUGCAGGGAUUCCUGGAGGCGCACGUCAACGGGUUCCGGUACACGUCUGUGCGCGGUGACAAGGUGGACAUCCUCUACAACAACAUCAAGCACGCGCUCUUCCAGCCGUGCGACGGCGAGAUGAUCAUUGUGCUGCACUUCCACCUCAAGAACGCCAUCAUGUUCGGCAAGAAGCGGCACACGGAUGUGCAGUUCUACACGGAGGUGGGAGAGGUCACCACGGAUCUGGGCAAGCACCACCACAUGCACGACCGCGACGACCUCUACGCCGAGCAGAUGGAGCGCGAGCUGCGCCACAAGCUCAAGACGGCGUUCAAGAGCUUCAUCGAGAAGGUGGAGAACAUCACCAAAGAGAGCCUGGAAUUUGAGGUGCCCUUCCGGGAACUCGGGUUCCAAGGCGCCCCCUACCGCAGCACCACCCUGCUGCAGCCGACGAGCAGCUCCCUGGUGAACGUCACCGAAUGGCCCCCGUUUGUGGUGACGCUGGACGAGCUGGAGCUCGUGCACUUUGAGCGCGUGCAGUUCCACCUCAAGAACUUCGACAUGGUCAUCGUGUACAAGGACUACAGCCACAAGGUCACCAUGGUCAACGCCAUCCCCACCAACUCGCUCGACCCCAUCAAGGAGUGGCUCAAUUCGUGCGACAUCAAGUACACGGAGGGUGUGCAGUCGCUCAACUGGACCAAGAUCAUGAAGACCAUCACGGAUGACCCCGAGGGAUUCUUUGACCAGGGCGGCUGGUCCUUCCUGGACCCCGAGAGCGAUGGCAGCGGCGGUGGCUCGGACCAGGAUUCUGACGAGAUUGAGGACGAGGACUUCAACCCCUCGGAGAACGAAGAUGAAGAGGAAGAGGAGGUAGACGACAGUGACGAAGACUACUCGUCGGAGAUCGAGGAAUCUGGCUCGGAGUUCUCGAUUGGCAGCGAGGAGGAGAGCGGCAAGGACUGGGAUGAGCUGGAGGAGGAGGCGCGGCGAGCCGACAAGCAGAUCCUGGAGAAGGAGGAGGAGGACCAGCGGACGGCGCCAGUUUCUCGCAAGCGCAAGAGCUCCGGCGGCCGCGACUCGAGAAGCAAGAACAAGCGGCGCCGCAAGUGAGACGGGGACAAUAGCCCUCCCGCCCGGCUCCAAGAGCCAGCUCGCCAAUUGCAGCCAUCCACAUCUACCUACUACCCCUUGCCUCGCCCAGUUUCCGCGAAUAUCACAGCCACAGAAUGGCAGCAAUGGCGGCGACGCGGAAAUGAACGUGCGGAGCGCUUGGGCCCCGUGCCCAGCCGCAUCGUGUCGCGGCCCAAGGGGGUGCCAGCCUCGACACCAGCUCAACACGCUCCUCCCCAGCACGGCGCCACCAGGCGACUCCACACGACUCGUUACCGCAGGACAACGUGAUCGGGCCCGACCGCUCGUGCCAGCCUCUGGCAUGGAACCGGUUCCUAGCGGGGCUCGCUGUGGGCAGUGGGUUCCUUGAUGGAGGGCAGCAGAAGCACUGCCCAUGGGCCCCCCCCCCCCCCCCCCUUUGGUCACCGUGAUGGACGCCCCUCCCGAGAGCAUCGUGCCCAGCAUAGUCCCCCCCGCCCCACCUCACCACCAGUCCGUGCGUUAGGUCAGCAGUGCUGGCUUGUGCAAUCGCUCCCAGGGUCGACCCAGGAGUUGUGGCCUCUGCACCGUUGCAGAGUCGCAGAGUUGAGCACCGCGCAGCAAUUGCUGGUGAAUUGGCUGUGCCGCUAAAGUCAGCCCACACGAGCUCUCCUUUUCAAGAAGAUCGGAGCCCAGGAGCGUCUUUGGCAAUUGCCAGGCCAGAGGGCGUUUGGCAGGGUGAUGGCCGAUGCCGAGGUUGAGAGCGUGACGGUGGGGAGCUUUUCCCUUGUGCCCUCCACUUCACGCUCUUCGACUGCUUUUGUAGGUUGUCGCGGUUUGUUUUUUACUUAAGAAUUGGCGUCCAUGCUGGUGUUUAGUGGAGGCUCUCUCUCCUUCACGAUGUCGCCGCGGACGUGACCCAGAGUUUUGAGUCGAACGUUAAAUAAACCCCUCCACUUUGACUCGUUUUGCGCGCGCGCGCGCGUGUGUAGGCUUUGCCAUAGUUGGUCAGUCGCAGUAGUUGCCGGCGUUUGUUGAUAAGUUCCUUGUUGGUCAUUUUGUCCGGUCGCCUGGAUCUAUGCGUGGGGGGGGAGGGGGGUGGGGUAGAUGGAGGGAAUGGGGAAGGUGUCCACCAGGGGUCGGGUUCUCACCGGAACGUGGCGGUGGGGGUUCUUGUAGUUCAGAAAGCAAUCUUGGCAGCCCGUGGCAAUUCCACUGAAUCCUUAGCCCCAACAGCUUCAACCCUGCUGCUUUGUCCACCACCGUCACCGUUGAUAUGGCGGUCGUCGCUGUCGGUCGCAAGUUGACAAACGGAGGUUAAGUGUUGGCGGAAACACUUAUGGCGUGGGCCGAAGGAGCCGUGGGCCAAAUGCCCCGCGGGGGGUUGGGGGGGGGGGCCCGACUCAAGAGGUCAGUGCCGGCGCUGCCGUGCCACGUUUGACCCCGGUGGUUGUGGGAACCCCCCCCGACCAAUCUCAGGUUGUUUGUGUGCCACGUGGUCCCCCUCCUCCAUGGUUGUCUGGGCCAUGGCCUUCCUCCAUUCCUAUCGAUUUUUUAAGUCGGGGAGGUCGUGAGAUGCCACCUUUCUCUCUUUUUUACGCAUUGAAUUGUGGUUCAUGUCGUGCUGCAGUGUAUUGUAGUUAUUGUGGGGGAAAUAAAGCUUCGUCGUUUG